GAUGGCCACAACAUAUCUCUCUCUCUCUCUCUCUCUCUCUCUCUCUCUCUCUCUCUCUGGUGGGGUGGGUCUGCGGUUUCUCUACGACAUUUCCAUCUGUUGUCACAUUGUUUUCCAAAACCGACCGAGCUCACUGCAUCUAAGGUUUUUAUCCAAGGAAUGGCCUCGGAGGUCGUCAUUAUAGUAGGAGGAGUGACUUAUGUAUGCUACAAGCCUCUGAGUGUAGUGUCCAGGGGAAUAUGGGUGGGGGAUAAUCCUUUGAAUCACGCCAGCCCCCUUCUCUUGCUGCAACUCGCCUCUAUUAGCCUAGCCUCUUUGCUCUUAGAUCUCUGUCUCCGGCCUCUCGGACAAUCGACUAUCGUCUCCAAAAUUUGUGGUGGCAUAAUAUUCGGCCCUUCUCUUCUCGGACACAGUGAGGCCUUCACCUCCGGCUUGUUCCCUCAAAGAGGCACAAUAGUGAUCGAAACGGUUGCCUCCUUCGGCCUGAUGUUCUUCUUCUUCCAAAUGGGGGUCAAGACAGACCUUGGAAUGAUGCUGCGACCCGGACGGAUGGCCGUGGUAAUAGGCGCCUCGAUUUCCUUGUUAACACUAGGGCUCACCACUCUGCUCUCUCUCCUCCUCAAGUCCUACGUCCCCAUGGACAAGUCCCUCGCAAGCUCCCUCCCUCUCAUAGCUGCUUCCCAGUCUAUGUCUGCUUUUCCUAACAUCGCUUUCCUUUUGACCGAACUCAAGAUGCUCAACACCAAUAUUGGCCGCCUCGCCAUGUCCGCAUCGCUGUUUUGUGAUGUGAUCGGGAUGUCAUUAACUGCAAUCGGCUUCACAGUAAUGGAGCACUCGACUUUAGAGAGAUCGGCAACUGCGUUUGCAUCCGUCAUCCUGCUUUUGGCCGUCAUUGCUUAUGUAUUCCGACCGAUAUUGAUGUGGAUUUUAACAAAAACGAAAGAAGAGACGGUUGUGGGGGAAUUGUUUGUGAUUACUAUUUUUUGCACUGUCCUUUUGGCUGGUUUAGUUAGCGAUUUUCUUGGGCAGCACUUCAUCUUCGGACCAGCUAUUUUGGGGUUGGCUGUGCCGGAAGGGCCGCCUUUGGGAUCUGCCUUGACGGCUAAGCUAGACCUUUUAAUCACGGGGUUGCUCUAUCCUACCUUCCUCACUGUCAGCGGGCUGAAAACGAAUUUCUUUGAAAUUAAUUUCCAGUCCAUGUGGAUUGUGAUGAUUGUAGUUAUCUUUUCUGCCCUAGUGAAGAUUGGAGUGGUUCUAUUGGUAGCGCAUCAUACCGAAAUGCCCUCUCGCGAAGCUCUUGUGCUUGGGCUCUUGUUGAACACCAGAGGCAUUUGUGAGCUGCUCAUUUACAACUUGUGGAAAGACAGUCAGAUCCUGAGCAAUCAAGAAUUCACUUUGGCUGUCAUAGGAGUGGUAGCAGUGACAGCAAUCAUAACGCCAAUGGUAAGAGCCCUCUAUGAUCCAUCAAGGCAUCAAUUUCCAACCAGGAGAAGGACCAUUCAACAAGCAAAGGAUGGCGCAGAGCUAAGAGUGCUAGUCUGCAUCCACAACCAAGACAAUGUCCCCACGGUUGUGAACCUUCUAGAAGCCUCAUUCGCAACCGAGGAGAGCCCCAUUGCAGUCAUAGCACUCUUGCUCGUUGAGCUUGUGGGCCGGGUAGCCCCGAUGCUCAUAGCCCACUCACCGUUGGAAACCCUGGAGACAAACGCAAGUACCUCGAGGUCCAGCCACAUCAUCAACGCAUUGCAUCAGUACAGAGUGUACAACGAAGGGUGUGUCACAGUCCAAUCGUUCAGUGCGAUCUCCCAUAAGGAAACAAUGCACGAGGACAUUUGUCGGGUGGCAUUUGAACAGAACGCAACCCUUGUGAUAAUCCCGUUUCACAAGCACUGGGCCAUCGAUGGCGGGAUCGAAUCGGUGGAUACAGCCAUCCAACACAUGAACACCAAGGUCCUUGAGAAGGCACCCUGUUCGGUUGGCAUCCUCGUCGACCGAGGUAUUCUGAGAGGCUCAUUAUCCAUUCUCAACAGCCAAUCCAUGUAUCAUGUUGCCGUGCUCUACAUCGGUGGUCCGGAUGACGUGGAAUCACUGUCCUACGGUGCUCGCAUGGCAAACCACAACAAUGUCACGCUAACGGUAAUUCGUUUCCUUCUUUUCGGAAGCGACAAUGCUAGAGACCGUAAGCUCGAUAAUGACCUGAUCAACGAGGUCUGCCAUGCUAACACAGGAAACGAGGAUUUCUCAUAUCAAGAACAGGUGGUGAGAGACGGCGUAGGGCUGGCUUCAUCUAUUAGAGGAUUGGAAGAGUUUUUUGACCUAAUCUUAGUCGGGAGGCAACAUCAGGCGUCCACCCUGAUGCAAGGUCUUGGGGCAUGGACCGAGUGCCCUGAACUCGGUGUCAUUGGAGAUUUUCUCGCCUCAUCAGAUUUUGAUAGCACAGCAUCCGUGUUGGUGGUUCAGCAUCAAAGAGUACUAGGAGGGAGGUUGAUCAGUCGAGCCGUGAAGCCAAUGGUUAAUGAUAGAGAUAUACCCCUCCAAAGUAUGCAAAGCCAUGAUGUGGCAGAAACAACAGCACGUGACAGUGGCACAGCAUGGGCAAUAUCAAUGGAUAGAAUGUAGAUGAGUUAGGCUUAGUUCGUAAUGAUUGGGAAUUCGAAUUUCCUUUCGCAAUGCUUCCAGGUCUUGGACUUCAGGAUAUUUUGCCAAGUUGCAAAAUCGUGAACCAAGGAUGUUUUCUCAUCCUAAUGACCAACUUGCAACAUAAAAGAUACUAGAAAUGAUCCUUUUGCUUUACCACAGUAUGCAAGUUCCUAUUUCUUUGGGUAUUUCACAGCAACUAAUUUUGGCUGGCCUAAAGGAUAA